AUGAGUUUCGCCGGCCCUAAAGAAGUGAUCGCGGAGGGUGAUACCGUUGUGUUGUAUCUAACGCCGGCCCUUAUGCACACGAUUGAAGCUGUACCUCAAAUUCGAAACAAAAAGAACGAAACAAUUGACUACGUGUUUCAAACGAGCUUCGGUGCGUUAAAAGUGCGCGAUCUGAUCGGCGCUCGGUACGGUUCGAAAGUUCAGCUCACCAAAGGCUGGGCGCACGUGUUGCAACCCAACCCGGAGCUCUGGACCCAAACGCUACCACAUCGGACGCAAAUUCUCUACACACCCGACAUUAGCAUGAUACUGUACCAGCUGGAAAUACGUCCCGGGAGCAUCGUUAUCGAAUCCGGCACUGGUUCCGGGUCGCUUUCCCACUACUUCCUGCGUGCGAUCCGUCCUUCGGGACACCUGCACACAUUCGACUUCCACAAGGAGCGUGUGGAGAAAGCGCGCGAAGAGUUCGUCGCCCAUGGACUGGGAGACAACGUUACGGUGCAGCAACGAGACGUGUGCGAGCAGGGCUUCGGUGAGGAGCUGAACGGUGUCGCGGAUGCUGUUUUUCUCGAUCUACCGGCGCCCCACCUCGCCAUCCCGCACGCGGUAAAGGCGCUGAAAAAUGAAGGUGGCCGAAUUUGUUCGUUUUCACCGUGCAUCGAACAGUCGAUGCGUGUUUGCGAGGCACUGGCCAAACACGGCUUCCUAGAGGUGCAGAACGUCGAAUUGCUCCAGGUGGAGGACAUCGUGCGCACCCGUAACGUGGCCGUAAUGGAGCUGGAUUUUCUCAAAACCAAGCGCACGGACACCGACAAGGACACAAAAACACCUAAGGAAACCAAGAAAUACAUAACCUCUUCCGCUCCACAUACGAUGGCCGGUCACACCGGAUUCCUAACGAUCGCCGAGCUGCCGCCUCUGUUCGCCCGGUAA